AUGUCCGAUCGCGGAGACUAUUUCGAAAUUCUCGAACCUGAGGCUUCGGCUCCGUUUCUGGCGCAGGAUAUGGCCCUUCUGCGUAGCAGUACCAACAGCUCCCCCUCCUCACCCAUUGUUUUUGAAAGUUUGAUUUUUUCUAUCUUCCUACUCGGCUUUUUUACUUGAUUCGGCAAGACUUUCAAAAACGCUGCGGUUUAAAUCAGAACUAUAAGCUUUCGUUUCAAGUGUCGCUGAUGACCAAUGUCAAGUAGCGCAAGCCGUUUCAUGGUCCGUAACAUCAAAAUCGGCCCGAAUCGACUAUUUUUUUUUGCGUUCUGACCAGCAUUCGUUUCAGCCUUCAACCCAACCGUUGAAAUGUUCAAUAGGUGGAGCAACCUUUUCAAAACGUGUCCCCGGUGCGAGCAAAAAUAUGGUAUCUUUUCUUACUUUGAGCUAGAAAAAAAAGGAAAUUUCAUGAAGACAUGGAGAGAUCAGCAGCGGCUAGAAGAGACGCCAGAGAGUCAGAGCUGCUCUCGUUCUCUGGCGUCUCUUCAAGCUGGCUCUCAUCUCAUUAUUUCGCCUUUUAUAGUGGAUUUUACUUACAACUAUUUUUGUUUCAGAUGGAAUUUAUCGCGACCCUUACUCCGACGCCGGGGGCCGUUGGAUGUGCGGCGUUUGCUUCUGCCAACUCAAGUUCGAAAUGAACUUUUUCUCCAUUUUCUACAACUUCAAUUCAGAAAGAAAAUAACCUCUUUGACACAUCCAAUCAACAGCUACCAUCGUGUCAAUCUCAGGACUUCCGAAAAAUGUUAUUUUUUUUAUCGGAUUAAAAAAGUAAAUUUUUCAAUUUCAGUGGACUUGCAAGCUCAAACUCAGACUAGGAGAAAGGUUAGGUGUUUUUCUUAAGAAAAUUUUCUUCAAUUCAACCAAGUUUCAGUACGGAGGAAAGUGCACCGAAUGCGAAUCUUGGGUGCCCAACUUGCGGAUUUGUACGGAUUGCCGUCGGACAGUCAGAGUCGAACCAACGGAAGAACGUCCAUAUGAUAAGAUAAAAAGGACUUUCAUCGAGGUGAAUUAUGAGUUUGAACAAGAAUAGGAAAGAUAGAUCUGUGAAAAAAACUUGAAACGCUGAAGCAAGGCAAAAAGUUUUUUCGAAAACUCCCCGAAAAUUUAUUUCUGACAAGAAGGAAGUCCCAAGUUUCAAUCUAACACAAAAAAGGAGAAAAUUUCAAAUGGGAUUUCAAAAAAUGACUUUUUUUUAGCUUGCGAGUCAAGCCGUGUGCAGUGACUGUUUCCUCGACGGUCUUCAUUCCGGACACACGGGGAUCACUCUUUUCAACCUUUUGGUCUGUUUUGAUUAUCAGUUCUGAAAAAAAAAGCGGUAUUCUUCAAUAAGAUCCAACACUCCUCUUCUUCAAAGUUUUAAACGAAGAUUUAUUUUAUCAACUUCAAAAAAAAAAAUUAAUUUCCAACAAACUCAGUGACGUAUCAUCGAUUUCCAAAAAGCCUCUGAACAGAAAAUGGCAAUUAUUAAAUUUUAUUCUAAGCAUAUGCGCUCUGUGGCGAAGACAAAAGCUUACUCGGUUCUCGGUAAUGGAAACCUAUUGCCGUGUUCAAAGUGAUUCCGCGAAAUUCAAAAUAGCCGUCAGAGAAAGAGAAAGAUAACUAAAUUUUGGAGGGUCAGAGACCAUUUUGCAUUUCGCGGAAAUUACUUUGAACACGGCAUAUGUUCCUGAGCAAAUAAAGUGGUCACUUGAGAGUUCUGGCGCCUCUGAAGGGAUCACUAGAAAAGCUCAGAAGCAUCCGGGGCGCGUCCGGUUUGCAUUAUCAAAGACCGUGUGAAAAAGAGAAAUUUUUGUUCUCAGUGCUCGAAACUUGAACUUAAAGACUUUUUCCUUUUUCUUUAAAGAAAAAAUCUUUAGAUGACGAGAAAAAUUAAAAAGAAUUUCAGGAGAAGUCAUCGGAAGGAAUUGUCGGAAGGAAAAGAACUGAAAAACGCAAACCGGUGAAUGAUUCUUUCUUCCCCUUCAAAACCAAUAAUCCUCUCAGAAUGUCGAAUCUCUGGAGGAGCCCAUGGGCAGAAUGACUGUCAGCGAGAUGGAAGACGCCGAGGGGCUGAUUAAGAAGUUGAACAUGGGCCAAGAAGAGUUGGAAGAGCCGAUGAAGAAUUUGAAUGUCAGCGAAGAAGAAGAGGUCGAAGCGCCGAUGAUCAGGUUGAACGUGAGCUUGGAGGAAGAAGCUGACGAAACUGAGGAUGCAAACAAUAAUCAUUGA